CUCUUUGUGUGUGUCUGACUGUGACUGUGAUCUCCCACGUUCUUUUUUUCCGCUAAAAUGUUCCUUCUGGUCUAUUUCCUCGUCCCGGAUCACGGAAGAGGGACAACCCUCCUCUACUGAAGUCUGCCCCUCUGACCGACUGAAGAUUCACACACAAGUGUGUGUGUGUAGAGAGCUACGGCGAGAGACACACAAUCUUAGCCUCGAAGUUCAGCUGUUGGAACGCAUUUCCAGCGCGCUCUGAUAUCAGAGAAGCUAAAGGAAUGUGGACUGUUUCUCAUGGAAUUACCCGUGAGGAUUAACUCGCGAUAAGAAAUCGGCGCCCGUGCUUGUGUUUGACCGUGGACGGGAGUAUAUGUCUGAGGUAUAUGAACCUGCUCGGUGUUCUGUAGCCGCAGAGCUCAUGCAUGGUGAGUUUGAGACAGGCAGUUUGCUCCAGUCCAACUUCACAGUGAAAAGCAAAUCGGGAGAAAUGAUGCGAAUAGCACGAAAGUUUUAAGCAAACUUUUACUUGAGUCUCUAGAGAAAACACAAGUAGGUAAUUGGUCUCUUUUCAGAACAGUAAAUUGUCCUUCCACGUUUGGGAAUUCAGUUUACGGUGUGCAAACGCCACGGACAGAAUGAACUUCUCUGGGCGCGUGGUACUUGCGCUGUUGCUCGCCCUGCUGGUGGGCUUUACCGGGGGCACACAAGCCCAAGUAGUGUCCGCCAAGGUGAUGCGGUCGUCAAACUUGAGGCGAGAUGACUUGUACCGGAAAGAAGAGGUCGUCACGGUAACUGCAGCUGGGGGAGCCAUCCAGAGCCCCCGCUUCCCGAACGCCUACCCCCGGAACCUGCAGUUGUCAUGGAAACUACUGUCGCCCCACAACACCCGCAUCGUCCUGGAGUUUGACUCCCACUUUGCGCUGGAGGAACCAGAGAACGAAGUCUGCAGGUAUGACUUUGUGGAGGUGGAGGACAUCUCAGAGACCAGUACUAUUGUCUGGGGGAGAUGGUGUGGUCAGAGAGUCCCCCCACGCCUCACCUCCAAAACCAACACCCUCAAAGUCACCUUCAAGUCAGACGACUACUUCGUGGCCAAGCCUGGCUUCAAACUCAACUACUCUCUACUGGAUAAUUCUCUUCCUACAGCAUCCAGGACGAACUGGGAAGCUGUGACCCAGAUGGAUGAUGCUCCGUCACUGUUGGCCCCAGUGGUGACUGAUGUUCCUCUGACAGCAGCAGCAUUGGACCAGACCAUAGCAGCCUUCAACACAGUGGAGCAGCUCCUCCGCCACCUCAACCCUGACAGCUGGAGACAGGACCUGGACAGCUUGUACAGAGAGACAGCCAUGUACAGACCCCGGGCCUACCAGCACAACAGACAGAACAAGAUUGACCUGGACCGUCUGUAUGAUGACGUGAAGCACUACAGCUGUACACCUCGGAACUACUCUGUCAACCUGAGGGAGGAGCUGAGGGCCACCAACGCCGUGUUCUUCCCACGAUGCCUACUAGUGCAGCGCUGUGGGGGGAACUGUGCAUGUGGUACAGACAACUGGAACGGCUGUACCUGCAGCCCGGCCAAGACCAGUGACAAACUACACGAGGUGUUGAAGUAUGCUCCUGAGGUGGGAGGUUUUUCGCGGCGUCGGACAGCUCGUGUCCGCUGGGUCCUAGAGGAGGUCCAUCUCAUGCACCACGAGCGCUGUGACUGUGUUUGUCCCUCCAGACCACCCCGUUGAGAGACAAUGGGACAGGGGGAACCAGCUCUGGGAUUAACUGCUGUUUAUAUCUCCAUAUCUCUCUUUGUAGCGCUCCCCUGCCAUCCAUCCCCAUAGCAACCUGUGACAAACCUAGUCACCAACAUCCAUCCAUCAUCCAUCCACAUACCAACAUGUGACAAACCUAGUCACCAACAUCCAUCUAUCAAUGACAUACCAACCUGUGACAAACCUAGUCACCAACAUCCAUCCAUCAUCCACAUACCAACCUGUGACAAACCUAGUCACCAACAUCCAUCCACAUACCAACAUGUUACAAACCUAGUCACCAACAUCCAUCCAUCAUCCACAUACCAACCUGUGACAAACCUAGUCACCAACAUCCAUCCAUCAUCCACAUACCAACCUGUGACAAACCUAGUCACCAACAUCCAUCCAUCAUCCACAUACCAACAUGUUACAAACCUAGUCACCAACAUCCAUCCAUCAUCCACAUACCAACAUGUUACAAACCUAGUCACCAACAUCCAUCCAUCAUCCACAUACCAACAUGUUACAAACCUAGUCACCAACAUCCAUCCAUCAUCCACAUACCAACCUGUGACAAACCUAGUCACCAACAUCCAUCCGUCCACAUACCAACAUGUUACAAACCUAGUCACCAACAUCCAUCCAUCAUCCACAUACCAACCUGUGACAAACCUAGUCACCAACAUCCAUCCGUCCACAUACCAACCUGUGACAAACCUAGUCACCAACAUCCAUCCGUCCACAUACCAACAUGUUACAAACCUAGUAACCAACAUCCAUCCAUCAAUGACAUAACAACAUGUGACAAACCUAGUCACCAACAUCCAUCCAUCAAUGACAUACCAACCUGUGACAAACCUAGUCACCAACAUCCAUCCAUCAAUGACAUACCAACCUGAUACAAACCUAGUCACCAACAUACAUCCAUCAUCCACAUACCAACAUGUUACAAACCUAGUCACCAACAUCCAUCCACAUACCAACCUGAUACAAACCCUCAGUAGUCACCAACAUCCAUCCGUCCAGAUACCAACCUGAUACAAACCUAGUCACCAACAUCCAUCCGUCCAGAUACCAACCUGAUACAAACCUAGUCACCAACAUCCAUCCACAUACCAACCUGAUACAAACCCUCAGUAGUCACCAACAUCCAUCCGUCCAGAUACCAACCUGAUACAAACCUAGUCACCAACAUCCAUCCGUCCAGAUACCAACCUGAUACAAACCUAGUCACCAACAUCCAUCCACAUACCAACCUGAUACAAACCUAGUCACCAACAUCCAUCCGUCCACAUACCAACCUGAUACAAACCUAGUCACCAACAUCCAUCCGUCCACAUACCAACCUGAUACAAACCUAGUCACCAACAUCCAUCCGUCCACAUACCAACCUGAUACAAACCUAGUCACCAACAUCCAUCCGUCCAGAUACCAACCUGAUACAAACCUAGCCACCAACAUCCAUCCGUCCAGAUACCAACCUGAUACAAACCUAGCCACCAACAUCCAUGCACCCCCCCCCCCCCCCCCCCAAACCCUGGUCCUGCCAACCCCAACAGUGUCCUGCUGCCACCCAGCAAAAACCCAAAUUUACCCCACCCUCUCCACUAUCAGCUCAUGACCACCCCGUCAUCGUCCAAGCCCCCAACAUUCCUUGUCCACUGGGGUAUUGAUGAGGGGCUGUUAAGGACAUGACACCUUUAAGUGUGUGUUCAUACAGUAUCCAAGCCUAUGUUAUUUUCUAUAUUCAUGUUAGAAUGUCCUUUUUUUUUAAGCUCUUCCUGCAACUGUUUUUCUCUGUACAAUCAUUGUGAAAUGAGUUUCAGGGAAGGAAGAGAGAGAGAGAGGGAGAGACAGAACCACACAAACAAUCUUAGAAUGACCACAAACCACACACACACACAUAUCCCCCCCGAGCAGACCCAAGGUCUCCACUCCUCCCUAAAGACAACAUUCUUAUUUAUUUUAAAUUCUUUGCUGUUUCUUUUCCUUUUUGCGUGAAGUUCUGCUUCGUGGUGUGUUGUUCUAUUUCUCCUCCUUCAUUCAUCAGAUGAAGGGAUACAGAGACAGUUAAAAACAUUGUUUUUAUACCUUUCCACAGAUAUUACCCCCCUCUCCUUCCCUAAAACACUCCGGCAGAUCAGCGGAAUGACUUUGGAACGUUCCUCCCGACGUUCCAAUCAUACCAACAGCCAACCCCAGAAAUGUUGCUAACCAGAAUUGUACACCCCAUACAAAAUAGGGAGAGGGUUGAGGAUGUGGUAGGAAUUUGUGUAAUGUUUUAUAUCUGCAAUAUUUGCAGACGUGGUGCCCUGUGCCUGUACUGUACUAUCCUGUGGUUAGAUCUCUUUCUGUUUGGACCUGGUUCUUCAAACAAUUCAUCCCCAAACAUAAUCCACAGUCAUCACUAUAUAAUCUUCUGCAUUAUAGGUGUGUAUGUGUGUUUAUUUGAGGGAAAGAAUGUGUAUCUGUUGCACUGUCUGUGAUCUCGUGUGUGUGUGUGUGUGCGCGCGCACGAGACGGUGCAUCAAAGAUCUUAAAACAUUCUCAGAUCGGUCACUGCCUCCACGUGAUAAAGAAACAACAAAAGAUCUUCCUGCAACCCCUCUAGGCUUCAUAAUGGUCAUUCCACUGGGGGAGCUGGCCUCAUUACCAACCAUCAACUCCUCUGUCCAUACAGACCGAAGCUCUAUUAACAACAAUUAAAACACAAAGCAAGGCACUGAGAGAUGGAGGGGCAGAAUUAGUUUUAUUAAGGCUGUGAUUUAAACAUUAGGGCAAGCAGAAUUAAACCGUUAGCUGUUGAGAGGUGUGUGUGUGAGUCACAGGUAUCGGCUGGCUGAAGAGUGAUCUGAAACGCAGAGCCUCUUAGUGGAGGAACAUGCCCUGGGGAAGGACGAUGUGCGUGUGACAGUAUGGCUCCAAGAGAUUAGAGACAGAUGACUGUAUUUUUACACUGUCUAAGUCCUGUCUCUCUCUCUUUCCAUGUAUUCCAAAAUGGCCCCUUUUACUUCCAGAGUUCUUUGUUUGAUGUCCUGAUUCCUUCUGUGACUGUUGUCAUUGUGUACGUCAGUGUCCCUGGAGACUGAGCACAAUAUAUAAUACAUACAUAGCAUAGUCUCUCCUUCACCUAAUGCUGCAGUCUCUGCCAAAUGUAUUUAUUCAGUUAGGUGUGUGUGUAGGUGUGUGUGUGUGUGUGUGUGUGUGUGUGUGUGUGUGUGUGUGUGUGUGUGUGUGUGUGUGUGUGUGUGUGUGUGUGUGUGUGUGUGUGUGUGUGUGUGUGUGUGUGUGUGUGUACACUUCCUCUGGCAGUGCCAGUUUUAUCAGCACAUUCCUUGACCUCGGCUUCUAAGUGACAUUCCAUUCUGUUUUUUUUGUUCAAAUAACCAGUUUGUUCAUUCCGUUGUUUUGAAUGUUUAUAAUGCAACCUUCAAGAAGAACUGCAGAAAGGUUAUCUAAACAAAUCUGUCGGCACCUGACUGCCUUGGUUUGAUCCCUGACACAGCAGUUUAGCUUUAGUGAUUAAUUUAUUGUGUUUGUUUUUUUUUUAUUAAAGAUAUCCACUGGU